UGCGUCUGCGAACCUGGCCCGGCGGGGAGGGGUGAGAGGAGGAGCCAGGGCGGCCUUUGCGACAAAGCCCAGUGCGCAGGGAGCUGGUGACCAGGAAGCAGAACCGCGCCGGGCUGCCGCGGGGCGGGCGGACCCCACCGGACUCGCUGCCCCACGCCGCCGCCCCCCCGGGGGGUGGGAGGCCAGUCCUGCCGCCCCCCCGGCUCCGGGGUCGGGGCGGCCGCGGAGCGGAGCGGGAGGCGGCUGGGCUGCUGCUAAGCCGCUUAGGGCCGGGGCUGGCAUGAGCCUCCCCGGCGGGGCGGCUGCGGGCUGCGCGCUGCGGCGGGGAGGCUGAGGGCGCGGAACCGCCGCCGGCGGGGGCUGGCGGCCCGGCCCUGAGGAGGAGGCGGCGGAGGCGGCGGAGGGGGAGCCCCGCUCCCUGCGGGGAAGAUGGGCAACUGCCUCAAGUCCCCCACCUCGGAUGACAUCUCGCUGCUGCACGAGUCCCAGUCGGACAGAGCCAGCUACGGGGACGGGGCUGAGCCGGAUCAGGAGCCGCCGCCGCCAUAUCAGGAGCAGGUCCCUGUUCCUGUUUAUCACCCGACUCCUAGCCAGACUCGGCUAGCAACACAGCUGACAGAAGAGGAACAAAUCAGAAUAGCGCAGAGGAUAGGCCUUAUUCAGCAUCUACCUAAAGGAGUCUAUGAUCCUGGAAGAGACGGCUCCGAGAAGAAGAUCAGAGAAUGUGUCAUUUGUAUGAUGGACUUUGUUUAUGGGGACCCUAUCCGAUUUCUGCCGUGCAUGCACAUUUACCACCUGGACUGUAUAGAUGACUGGUUGAUGAGAUCCUUUACCUGUCCAUCCUGCAUGGAGCCAGUGGAUGCAGCACUGCUUUCAUCGUAUGAGACUAACUGAGCCAGGGUUUCUCCACUGAACCUUCAAGGAGACCAUCCACUUUAAUGGGUUUGAUCCUUUUGUCAUUCAGCCCAAAGAGCCAGGAAUUAGGAAUUAAGAUCAUGCACAAAGUAUACAUUUCCUAAUAAAUAAAUAAAUAAAAAAUUAUUCCUGAACGGCUGCAAAUAUUGGAAAAAACAUAGUAUUUUAGGGACUAUAGAGAAGUAGGUUGUUAUUUUUAAUGUAAAGCCUUGACCCACCAUUGUCUUUUAAUGUUUGUUCUUACACCCAUAUAUAGGAAUUGUGUAAAGUGUUACAGCAACUGUAAAUGUUUAAACUGCGUGUAUCCAAUUUUAUUAGCAGCAAGAUAAGAGUAUUUUUUUCCUAAAUAAAGUAACCAGUUUUGUUCUGAUUCUUUUCACAAGUCCUGGCAUUUGGGUCAAGGCUUUAUUGAAAUCUACAUUUUAUAACACUGGCACAAAGAAAUAGUUUUAAGCUUGUUUGCACAGUUCUUUUUCUUUUCUUUUCUUUUUUUUUCUUUUUCCUUUCCAUUGGAGAUGGAAUUCAUUGCCUUAGGUCUUUUUAAUAGUGUAUUGUUAUUGUUGGGCUGGCUCUAUGCUUGAAAACCAGUUUAUUUAUAACCUGUUAAAAGUGCUAUAUUUUGUUUGCAGUUAGGAAUAUGCAGACUUCAGUGAUCUCCUAGCUUGUAAGCAAACUGAGAUGCAUUAUCCCUUUUCUACAAGUGAUGAGGAAUAUGAAGAUAUGAAAUGAGUCCUACACUGAAAUGAUGGUUUCAUGGUUUUUAUAACUUGCUUCGGUUUUGAGGAAUCAACAGCCUUUAAGCUUUAAUAAUGUCACCUUUAACUUGAUCAGGGUUAAAAGUGGGCCAGAGGGACAAUAAAUAGUUAAGGCAGCAUGACUGAAAAAAAAUAAUUAUUUGGAACUAAUGUAGCGUUAGCAUUGAUCACUUAUUCUACUUUUUUCUCCCUAAAAAUGGUUGUCUUGGAUCACAGCAAAUGGAUACUGCAUCUCUCGUUCUUGUAGUUCUUAGGUUAUCAGAAGUUAAGAAUAAACAUACUGUAUCUCAGUCUCCUGUAUUAAAUGUAUCUGUUAAGCCCUGCUGGCUGGCACAUCAGUCCACCAAACAGAUGUGAAAUCAGAUAUAAGAAAAAUAUAUUUUGUUCUGCAUGUAAAUGCAAAGUUUAUAUAAACACAGAGUGUCAUACUAGCAGUUGAGGGGGGAAACAGGACUGCUAUAGCAAGAAUGACACAAUUAGCAAAUUUCUAUAGCCAACAGUAUGUGCUUGUUCAGAGAUGGUUUAGCAAAGAUCAUAGCUGUAAAGACCUUUUAUCCACUUAGCAUAGUUUUUUUUCUUUUUUUCUUUCUUUUUUUUCCCCCCUCCCCUCUUCUUAACGUACCUUCCUGUGACUUUUAUACAUUCAGCGCAAUGCUGAUACAUUCAGAAAUCCUGGUCUUGCAAAAUGAGAUGCAAUCUCAAGUUAACCACAACAAAUCAGGGAAUGUUUCUGAUUGUUUUUCACGUAUAGUUUGAGUACUUGAAGUUGUGUUUAAAGACGCAAGUACUUUGAAGACUUUGUGUAUUUACAAUGUAGAAGUGUGCAUGAUAUGGAUAAUUUUUGAAGCAAAAUGUAGAAUCAACAUGAUUUAUUUAUUAUUCUUGCAGCUGACAGCAACCUGCUCUCUUACAGAACUCCUCUAAGUAGCAGUCAGAAGGAAUUCAAAGCAGUCUACAGGUCUAGGUUCACUCUAAUUGCUGCACCUUUAUCCGGACACAAUUUUUUGCUGAAGUCAUACAUACCUAAUUACAUGGAUCAAAAUCUGGGAAGAGAGACCUGAAGUUGUGCAGUAUCACUGUUCCUUUUCAUCAUUCCAUGUGUGUUCCUUUAUGUCCUGCUUUUUGUCUGUUUGAUUUGGCGGGUUUGGUCUCUCUCUCUUUUUUUUUUUUUUUUUUUUUUUUGGUAAAACAAUGUCCACAUUAAGUAUCCACUUAUUUUCCUUAUCUUGUUAAAACUGGCAAAUGAACAAUUUGAAAAAACAGCGUUGUCAUGUUGGUUUUAGUCUUUAUUUAUUACAAGACUUUGAUUAAGAAAUAUUUGAAAGAAAUCUGAAGUGACAGAUUACUGAGCUGAAUGCUUUUCUAGGCACUUUGUAUAGCUGAACUUUGAGCACUGAGAUACUUACCGUGCUAAGGGAAAGAGUGACUUUUAUUAAAAUACUUGUUAAAUAGCAAAAAGGUGUGAAGGGCUAAAACUAGAGCUGAUUACACAAAAACAUUCCAGAAAGUUCAAAUUUUAGCCUAAAGACAACCGUGUAAAUACGACAAAUAAAUCAAAUGUUUUUUUCAA